AUGGGGCCGCGCGGGGGACUAGGGCUGGCGCUCAGGGGGUCUCGGGCAGACCAGCCGAGGUUAGGCGCACACACGCGGGGACGCAAGAUGGCAGCUAGAGGGAGGCCGGAAGUGACGCAGCGCCACUUCCUCCAAAUGUCAGGAAACGCGCUUCCUCGCGAGCCCGGCGCCUCUCUGCGCACGCGCGGCUCCCCGCCACCGCCUGGGCCGCAGUUCCCCGAGGGACGGGCCGCGCGGCUCCGGACUGCGGGUCGGCGGGCAGCCGUGGGGAAGGCCUGGAGGGGUCAGGGAGCGCGGGGCUGUGCGGGGCUCGGGGUGAGGAGUCGGCCCUGUCCGCGGGCCGGACCCGCAGGUUCUUCGCCUCGGGGGAAAGGGCCGGAGCGCGUGCGCCCCAGCGAGCCUGCACCUGGACAUUCUGGCGGCACCUGGCGGAAACAGGCCGGCUCUGCUCUCCAGCGCACGAGAAGCUGACUCCUGGAUAUCGGUUGGCAGCGAUUUGGCAACGAGCGAUUCAAAGUAGAACAAACUUUACCUUUCUUAACGGAAUAAUAAAAGCAAAGGGGAAUUUGUGUCCGGUGUGUGUGGAAAGGCUGAACUGGUGUAAAUUAAAAUUCCCCAAACGCUGGGACAAGCUUUAAGACAAUCUUAACGCAAAACGACCGAUAUUAAAAAUGGCACUUUACAUCCAAAUGCUCUCUGAUCAGCCUCUUUGUGGCCUUAGCUAUGAAAAGCCUUUGCGUAUUCAAAAAAUGAGUCCGAAAUCCUAGCUAGA